AGCGGUUUCUUCAUUCGACGCUCGACAGGUGAACCGUUCAGCACGCUUUUCGCGCUUUCAAAUUUCGAGAUUAAAGCUGGAUCAUCACCUGUGUUAUAUAUAUAUAAAAUAUAUAUAUAUUCCUUUUUUUUUAAUUUUUUACUGUGAACUAAGCUUUAGAAUGCAGCUCAACGAUCACUGGCGCAAGAUUGUAAAGACUAUGAUCUUUGCCUUUCUCUGCACCGAAAUGCAAACAACAUAUACACAUCGCGACUUGACCGCAAAGCGACUUGGCCUGGCCGAAAUGGAGGCCAUUGCAGCGGCCACUGGCGAGGAUCGUUUCCAGGCCAAGAUGAGGGCCCCAUAUCAUGCAUCCAUUCGUUUGCUGGCCCAGGAGCGGGAUUACUUUGGCAAGGGGCACAUCUGUUCGGGUGCAUUGGUGGCGCCAUCUGUUGUGCUAACCGUAAGCAGUUGCAUCUUCAGCCACGUUAAGAAGUCCUACUACCAUCCCUCGGAGCUUCGCGUGUUGCUUGGUAAUCCCCAGAGGUUUGCUCCCCACGAGCAGGGCUUGGCCUUUGGCAUUACCCACAUCUACCAGCCGCCCAAGGAUCUGGCCCUGGCCAUUCUUAUGCUGGACAAGGACGUUCCCCUGGAUCAUGAGCUCAUUCAACCGGUGGGUCUGCCCUCGCCCGGCGAGACAUCCGUCCUGGAUGCGGAGUCAAGCAACUCCUUGCAGAUCAGCACUUGGGGCUACGAUGGCGAGAUCCGGGAGCUGCACGACCUGAUUACCUUGAAUGCCACUCACACAGCGUGUCAUCAGCAGCAGGCGACGCAGAGCCAGUCCCCAAGGAUCUGUGUCCAGGCGGAGGUGACGAGUUCUUCUCUCGGCCAGAAGUUGUACAUGGACGCAGGGGCCACGCUGACGGAGCAGGAUCGCCUGCUGGGUCUAAGGAGCAGUGAUGGCGGCUUUGAGGACGUGGCCAGUCAUGUGGAGUGGAUCCUUGCUCAGAUAGGCGAUGGCGGCAAUCAGAACAGCUCCAUUUGGGGCAUUCUGGGGUUCCUGGUCUUCACUGGCUAUGUGCUUACCGUCAGCAGGAAGAGCUUCUCGACAUAGGGAUGUGGGAUUUGUGGGGGAUUUUUCGGGGGAAACUAGCCAAGUAAGAGGGAUCCUAGGUCAGCCUAGAAAUGUGAUAAUCUCGAUAGCCAGAGCAGGAUAUCCUGGACCAAGUUUGCCUAAAGAUACUUUUUAUAAUUUCAAUAUUUUGUAAAGAAAACAAGUCCUUAACAAGUCCCUUGGGUUGCUCAACAAUUUAUUUACAUAUAUAUAAUACAUAGCAUAAGGGUAGAAUUAUAUACGCAUUAAAUACAAAUACAAUAAUAA